AUGCGACAGACUGCUGAGGAAGGGGAAGGAGAAAGUGGGAGAAGCUCACUGUCACCAACAUCAGCGAGUCAGCCUGGGAGCCAUUCAGACAUUUCUCUGAUGGAGUCCAGUGUGAAAAGAGGGAGAGCAAUCUUUGAGAAGAUGUCAUCAGAAAAUGGACAGAACAGCAGUGCUGAAGUUGCAGUGGGUGGUCGCAAACCUGUAAGAGGACUACCAGAAGAGAGCCCUCCCAGGACUGGCAACACACUGCUGGACUUCCAGGAGAAUGUCUCCUUGAAGGAAAAAAUGGCUCUGUAUCAGGCUGCUGUGUCCAAGGCAGAGAGCAGCAGCUGCUUUGCCAAUUUUUCAGAGAAAACCAAGUCCUGCACUGUGCCUGGAGGCCUGGCUGCAGUGAGGAAACAGUUUGAGAAAGCGCAGAUGACCUCUUCAAAGAUCACCUUUGCUCGCUCCCAGCACCAGCACAAAUCUGCACAGGUAAUGAUGGCAAUGAUGGCAUUUUUAGUACUAAAAGAGAUAUGCCCUGCUAAAGAGUUGGUGGGAAAAAUAUACGCAGAGUUUCAUUCCCGUGAUAUGAAGAUGAAUUUUUCCUGGCCUAACAAUGAGGAGACCUCAAGAACCACUCAGCCCCCAGUAUCAAGCAGCACCAGGGAAGCUGAAUGCACUGGAAUGACUUCUAAAGAAAGCCCAGUGGAAGCCUUUCAAACACAAGAGGUUUCUCAUGAGGAGCAAGUUACUUCGGAGACAAAUGGGGCUUCUACAUUGAUGCAGCAUGCUGAUGAAACAGUAACCAAUGCAGCUAUGAAUGAGGAUGUCCCAAAGAUUUCUAUGCAGGUUUUAAAACAGCAGUUUGAAAGGACAGCUCAGGAAAAGGUUGUUCCCUCUGACAGAGAGACUGCAACGCCUGCACAAGUUGGACAGAAACUGCAGUUUUGGGAAAAUGAAAUAUGCAAGCUCUGUCACCAGAGAGUUUAUCCAAUGGAACGCUUAGUGGCCGACAAGCAAAAUUUUCAUAAAUCGUGUUUCCGAUGUCACCACUGUAGCAGUCAAUUAAGCUUGGGAAAUUAUGCAUCUCUCCAUGGACAAGUAUAUUGUAAACCUCAUUUUAAGCAACUUUUCAAAUCCAAAGGAAAUUACGAUGAAGGUUUUGGACACAAGCAACAUAAAGAGUUAUGGAAUUCUAAAGAUCAAUGUAGCUCAGCUGGUAAUAUUCACGCUGAAGAAAUAAAUCCCAUUCAUCGUACACCUGUUGAUCCUAAACUAAUUACAGAAAUUGAUCAAGACUUGUACUCAGGUACUGAAGGUACCCAUCCUGAUAUUUUGGAUAACAAUUCGAUAAUAAAAUCCACAGAAAGAGGUAAAUUAAAGAUGACGUGGCCUCCUCCAACAGAUGAUGCAGCACCUAAGAAAACGUUUUCUAUUGAAGAAGUAGCUAAAGUAAAUAAGCCAAAGUGGCCCCCAGAAGGCUUUGUGCAAGAAAGCUCUAGCUUACAUGCCAAUAAACCUCUGGGCAAUAAAAAGAAUCUGCAGAAAGGAAACGCUCUGAGAGAGCAAAAGGAGAAUGACACUACAAAUGCACAACAAAAUCAACACUCAGGCUUUAGCUCCCUGUCUGAAAAAGAAGCUAGGGGUACCUGUAAAAAUAAGGGCAGUAAGGGAAAAGGUGAUGAAACUGAGAAUGUGCAAGGUAAACUGGAUAAAACAGGAAGAUCACAGAUUAGGGAGGAAAGUGGAAAGGAAAAUAAUGAGGGUGAUAAUGUGGUUGGGUAUAGUGCUGAGAAGGAGAAAGAGAAGAAAAAUAAUGAAACUGAUGAUUUCGGAGUUGUACAGGUUACUAACAUUGACGAAGAAGCAGUCCAAAAGGAUCAUAAAGAGUUCAACUUCAAUAACAACAACAAUAACAAUUACACCACGUUUUCACAUUCAAACAUUUGUAGGCAGGAAAGAAUUCUGUCAGCUCCAUCUAACCCAGUGACAGAACUAAGCCAUGGAAUUUGCACUGCAUCGCAGCAUGCCUUUGAAAAACUGCAAAAUCAGUCUGGAAAUGAAGAAAUAUUUGAGAUAGGUGAAUCUUUUGCUAUUCUAGCAAUACUCAUCCCAAGAGAGAAAGUCAAGUCCAAGCAGCUCACUGUAGAACACCAAAUUAAAAGAAAUAAGUGUUAUUCUAACACAGAACAUUUCUUGCAAUAUCCCUCCCACAAAUAA